AUGCAAAAAGGCCCUUCUACAGUGCUGGACUCUGGAGUAUAUGGAGAUGAUGCAUGUUUCAUAUCACGGUUUAAGAACACCUUUGUCGUCGGAGUUGCUGACGGUGUCGGUGGAUGGCGAAAGUAUGGCAUCGAUCCAUCGGAAUUCAGUCGAAAGUUGAUGAAAGAAUGCGAGAAGCGGGUAUCUAGCGGAGAUUUCGAUCCACGAACACCGGAGACGCUGCUUGAGAAGGCUUUCAAAGCUACAGCUGAGGCUCCGCGACCAGUUGGUUCAUCAACAGCAUGCGUUUUGGUAGUACACCAAGAGAUGUUGUACUCAGCAAAUCUCGGUGAUUCCGGUUUCAUGGUGGUGCGAAACGGACGAGUUCUGACCAAAAGCGAGGAGCAAGUUCAUUAUUUCAACGCGCCUUUCCAACUCACACUCCCACCAGAGGGAUAUCGUGGAUUCAUCGGAGAUACUCCAGAUUUGGCAGAUAAGAAAGAAAUCCGAGUUCAAAAAGGUGACAUAAUCCUGUUGGCUACCGAUGGACUCUGGGAUAAUCUUACGGAACAACAUGUUCUCGAUCAACUUCGACCACUAAUCGAAGAAAAAGCUACCGUACAAGAGGUUUGUAAUGCGCUUGCGCUGACGGCACGAAGGUUAUCGUUUGACGUAACGCAUAACAGUCCGUUUGCUGUGAAGGCACGUGAGCAUGGUCUUUCAGCUGCCGGUGGAAAACCAGACGAUAUCACUCUUGUGCUUCUUUUAAUCGUUUAA